UAAGCAUUGCGAGAUCGCUUCUGACAGAGCCUAGUACCAAGCAUCAAUACUCGUUCCAAGUUCGCCCGGAUUCUGGAAUCGGCCGCAGCGUGCUCCAAUCGACCCUCAAUCCGGCGGUGGUGUGUUGUGCCAAUAUUGAACGACUGUCGUGGCAAUUAACUACAAUUCCGCGGUGUUUACGUGAGUGCGGAAACGGUCAACGUUAUUGCUGAAGCGCGCGUUGAACAAGUUCGAAAACGGUGGAUUAGAGAAACUUAGUAGCAGUUUAAUGCAAAUCAUCGUGUGCCGGUGCGAUGCUGUAAAGUGCUUGACCUAAACCAACUACCAGAUAGACCUAGUGCUGUUGGCGAUUUCAACGGCCAAACAAAAACAAACCUGCUUUCCUGGUUGAAACACUGAGCGACAACGAGUGAAAUCUGCAGACGCACAAGUUCGCGAUCGUUCGAAAACAACCAAACCAGUCAGUGUGUAUUGAACGUUUGUAUACGCAGGGGAAGUGAUAAGCCCCAUCCGGGACCUGAUCAGGAAAGUGGUGCUUUGGUUUUGGUGAAGAGACUGGCCUAAUCUUGCGAGCCUGGUUAAGUUUCCGUGCAGUCUGUGUUUGCUACCGAACCGGUUCGGAACGGGUGAUUGUAUUUUCGGCAGUGGACCAUACGAUUUAUGUAAUAAAAGGCGUGGAAAAGUUUAUGACCAUAAACCUACUCGUAGAGGGAUGCUUCAAAAGUGGAACAUAGUUGUAAAGGAAACAACGUGUAGUGUAUAAGUGAAAAUGCGUGAUAAUUUGCUUCUUCUGGUCGGGGCGGCCUGUGUCCUUAUCUGCCUGGAAGCGGUUCGGUCAGAGUUUAGCGAAGUGGACGACACUGAUUACGACGAGGAAGCAUUUUGGAUCGGCCACGGACUCGGAAGCAGGAAGGAUGGUGACGAAAUCCUCAAAGUGAUGUACAAAUCGGUUGGCCCGUUUAGCGAACCGCAGAACGUGACCGUCGUGGAAAAGUUUACCGCUGGUGAGGGCGAAAGUAUCACCUUUACGCAGUUCAACUCAUCGAGGGUACUCACCUACUUCCGAGAGAUGGUGCUCGAUUUCAACCCGAAAAACUUCUACAUCAAACUAAAUCUGUACAACAUCACGAAACUCAGGCUACAGCGAACGGUAUACGGUUACCGGUCUAAUGCGGUAAAAAGGCGGAAUGCACUUUAGGGCGGCAGCUUAAAUUUACUUACCACCGCUUAAACUAAGACGACAAUUGUAAAUUUAAACCUACUUGUAAUUAUAAUUAAGCACCCACCCCCGAUGAAACCCGUUUUCGAAAAACGAUCAACUUAACCUAGACCUACAAAGCCAAAAAUGAUUUAAUUUUUGAAUCGUUUAUUGAAUAGACGACGUACGCUGCAAAUUCAAAUUGUUGCCGAUUUACAGUAUUUCAUAGAUCUAUACGAAACGAAAAUGACAAUUCCGUUGUACAAAAUAGGGCUCCUAGCUUUACGAGAAGGAAAAGAUACCUCACAUCGAGCAUUCAGCAUUCACUUAGAGACGAUAAUUGAUACCCACCAUGGAAAUUAUGUCGAGUAAACACUCAUAAAGACCUCCCAUUUCAACCGUGACAAAUCCCAUUGAAAGUAAGAGUUACGAAAAUAAACGUGCACGGGUAAUGCCGAUUAUGCCAAUCAUUUGUUAAUGACCCCGCACAAUAAGCCAGCCGACUAAAUAUCCACACUGAGAGCAUUGCUUGUCAAUUACCCAAGUGGAUGACAAUUGACGAGCGUGCGUUUGACGAAUAGGUGCUAAAUCCCAAUGCAAAUAGAGUCGACGUUUAUGUACACAUUCCAAAACACCUAUGUAUUUUCCACCAUACCUCCUAUCGAUAAUUGUGUGAUAGCUUUUAGGCAUCCGAACCGGAUAUUACCCAGUGCUCAGUGCCGACGUAGUGACGAUAUACCUACCUGCUAGGGAUAUGAUUAAGUAAAGCUUAUUUUUAUUUUUUCGUAAUGUCAUCCAGCCUGUGUGCUAUGCACAGACCAAUGAAGUGAGAUGCAAAUACAUGUGUAAUUAAUGAUUAGCGGUACGCGAUG